CCGCCGUCGACGGGGCCCCCGGUGGGCGCGGGCCUGGACGCGGAGCAGCGCACGGUGUUCGCCUUCGUGCUCUGCCUGCUCGUGGUGCUGGUGCUGCUGAUGGUGCGCUGCGUGCGCAUCCUGCUCGACCCCUACAGCCGCAUGCCCGCCUCGUCCUGGACCGACCACAAGGAGGCGCUCGAGCGCGGGCAGUUCGACUACGCCUUGGUGUGAGCGGCGCCCCGGGCGGGCCCUCUGCCGGGUCUCCGAGGGCCGGCCCGGCGGGGGCACCCCCAGGCCUGGACAGCACCCAGGAACCCGCCCCAGCGCCCCACCCAGCCCAUGGGGAGGGGGGCGUCAGAAGAAGUCCAGCCCCUGCCUCCUUAGCCCCGGUUCAUCUCCCCUCCUGGCCAGGCCGGAGCCCACCUGGUGCCUUGAUCCGCCCUGUCCCUUCCUCUGAUCCCAGGUGGGAAGAGGACCCCGCAGUGCUCCCGCGUCCUCCCAAUGUGUAGGUGGCUCUGCUGUUGUCCUGCCUCCGGGCGUGGAGGUUGCGUCCUGAGUCCCUUGUCCCUUCUUUCCCCAUCUCUGGUCAUCCUCGAACCCACUGUAACCCACUGUCGAGCCCCUGCUGCACGGCAGGCUCCCCCAGGCCCACGGGGGACCCCGCCUAUCGCUAUGCGCUGCACGGCCAGCCCGGAGAAGGAGCCGGAAGACCGACCACGCCGGCUGCGUCCAGGAUGCGAGGCGCCUUCCGUGGGGGGAGAGCGCGGGCAGGCUCGUUCCGCCCCCAGCCCGGGCCCUAGAACAGGUCAGCGCGCCUUUUCCUCGGUGCCCACCUCCGCCCCUCCUCGGCCUUCCGGCCGCCUCCCCGUGACCCCCGUGCCACCCUCCAUGCCUCUCCCAUGCCUUUUCACCCCUCCCUGCCUCUGAGCCGAUGACAGUAAUAAAAGCUAUUAUUGA